GGGAGUGAGUGGGCCGUCCGUGCUUGCGCCAGCCCGGUGACGGCAAGAUGGUGGUCAUCAUAAAGUAAUCGGCGAUUAGAUAUGGAUUUUGUACAUAUCUCGCACUAAAUGUACUUAUUUGUUCGUUAGAAACCGUUGUGUGUUAGCCGCGGGCGUGUUCAUCACCUAGAAUCAACCAGUGCCUGUCAUACUAAGGAUGUCUUCGGACGACGAGAAGCCCCCGGCGCCCCCCGUGCGCCUCACCUCCAACCGGGGCACCGACAUCCUGUCCAACUCGCUGGCGAUGGACCGGCCCCUGCCCAAGGAGCCCGAGGACGCCGACCGCAAGAAGAAGAACCUCAAGUCGAAGAAGGCCAGCAAGCUGUCGACCUACGCCGCCGACAAGCCCAACAUCUCCUACCCCACGAACUUCGAGCACACGGUUCACGUAGGCUUCGACCCGGUGUCCGGGGAGUUCACGGGAAUGCCGGAGGCGUGGUCGCGUCUGCUGAUGAGCUCCAACAUCAGCAAGCAGGAGCAGAAGAACAACCCCCAGGCUGUCCUUGACGUGCUGAACUGGUACGACAACACGACCAAGGAGCCGCCGAAUACGAAGUACAUGACGAAGACGACGACGGCGACCCAUUCAGGUUCGUCGCUGAGUCGCGUUUCCAGUUCGAGUCCGAGCAGCACGACGCCGACGGAGGCCGAGGGCGGGCCGCAGUCGUACCACAGCCCAGCGCACGCCGCCAGUUCCGAAAUCGAAGACGAAGCGCCGCCCCCGCCUAUCGCCAGUCGUCCCGAACGCACCAAGAGCAUCUACACGAAACCGAUAGAAGACGUGCAAAUAACGAACAACAGCGUCGGGACGCCUACUCACAGCCUAAGUCCGGCCCAUACAACACCGACGCAUGCCGCCAAUGCCAAUUCGACGCCGCCGGCGCCCAUCCUCGACAGGAACAAGAACCAAGCGGCCCCCGAGAUGUCGAGGGCGGCGUCGGAGAAGCGGAAGAAAAAGAUGAGCGACGAGGAGAUACUGGAGAAGCUGAGGAGCAUCGUGUCGGUCGGGGACCCGGUGCGGAAGUACACGAAGAUAGACAAAAUCGGACAGGGUGCGUCGGGGACGGUGUACACGGCGAUGGAGACGUCAACAGGUGUCGAAGUCGCCAUCAAACAAAUGAACUUAUCACAGCAGCCUAAGAAAGAACUGAUUAUUAAUGAGAUUCUAGUCAUGCGAGAAAAUAAGCACGGGAACGUAGUGAAUUAUCUAGACAGUUAUCUUGUGAACGAGGAACUCUGGGUUGUGAUGGAAUAUUUACCAGGCGGUUCACUGACUGACGUAGUAACAGAAACGUGCAUGGACGAAGGGCAAAUAGCGGCUGUGUGUCGAGAAGUCCUCCAAGCCCUCGACUUCCUCCACUCAAACCAAGUCAUCCACAGGGACAUCAAAUCCGACAACAUUCUACUCGGACUCGACGGCUCCGUAAAACUGACUGAUUUCGGUUUUUGUGCUCAAAUAAGUCCCGAACAAUCGAAGCGAACCACGAUGGUCGGAACCCCGUACUGGAUGGCGCCUGAGGUCGUCACGCGAAAACAGUACGGACCCAAGGUCGACGUUUGGUCCUUGGGUAUAAUGGCCAUAGAGAUGAUCGAGGGCGAGCCGCCUUACCUGAACGAGAAUCCCUUGAGGGCGCUGUAUCUCAUCGCGACCAACGGCAAGCCCGACAUUAAAGACAAAGAAAAGUUAUCGCCCGCCUUCCAAGAUUUUCUGGACCAGUGUCUGGCCGUGGAAGUCGACAAACGGUCGUCAGCGCGGGACUUACUCAAACACCCUUUCCUGAAGCUGGCGCGACCGUUGGCUAGCUUGACGCCGCUCAUCCUGGCGGCGAAGGAGGCAGCUAAGCAACACUAGCGAUAGGCUCCAGGCUAUUGUCCUGUUGGUUCUUUGACUUUUAUUUUGUAUUAUAUAUACGUGACAGACUAUAUCCCAUGUUACUAGAAAUGCAUUCGAUUUUUUUAACAAUAAUGUAAUAUAAUCGUAUAUUUUAUGAUUUUGCUUGCAGUUCUAGUUAUAUGGGUCGUAUUUUAUUAGGGACGUAAGCAUUUAAUAGAGGUCUGAUGUUUGUAUAAGUGACAGGAGACGUGUGCCUAAUUUCACUACAAUAACGCUGCGGCUGAUUUCGUUCUGUUGCUUUUUUUAUGCUUUAAGUGCUUGGUUGACUGAAGUGGAUUUACGUAGCUACGGUAGUCCCUAUUUUAUCGAUUUUUUAUAUAAAGUUUUUACGACCAGAUUUGUAUUAACGUCGGGGUAGCAUUUUUUUAUUAUAUUUACUAUUACUGAUUCGAAAUUUAUUUAUUAUUUCUAUCUAGCUAAUACGUUCGUUAUGUUUAGUUAUAUAUUUUGUUAAGAGAAAACUUGUAAAGAAAUAUUAGGAAAAGAAACUAUAUUGUAAAACGCCUGUCGAAGGUCUAUAGAUGAAGAAUGCGUGUUAGUCUGGAUGAUUUAACUAGUUAUAGUAUUUUUGCACUAGUAUUUAUGAAAGAAAAAUUCAUAUUGUGAUUGCCAAGGUAUAUUGGAAGGCAUAUUGUUGCCAAUGAAAGAUGUGUAUGGUAAUUAAUAAAUCAUUUUAUAAUUA